CAACGUGGGUGGUCCGGAAAUGGGGGUGGGGCAACGUGGGUGGUCCUGGAAAAUGGGAUCCAGAUGUUUGAGGUUCUAAUUCGUAACAGAUGGUAGGCUUCAACGUCAGUGACUUUUUUUUUUUUUUUUUUUUGCAAUGCUUGUGGUAACUGCGGACUAUGUUUCAAGAUGUGCAAGAUAAAAUAUGUGACCGGUGAUCUGUUCUCCGCUCCGAACCAGGAAUCAUUAGCGCACUGCGUUAGUGAAGAUUUACGAAUUGGGAAUGGAAUCGCAGUUUUAUUCAAAAAGAAUUUCGGUCGAGUCGUCGAGUUAAAGGAGCAGAAUAAGCUGACUGGAGAAUGCGCAGUCCUAACACAUGAUCGACGCUUCAUAUACUACUUGAUUACAAAGAAAAAAGCCAGCCAGAAGCCCACAUAUGUCAGCCUUCGUCAGAGUCUGGAAGCCAUGAAAUGUCACUGCUUAGAAAAUAACGUGAAAAGAAUAUCACUACCUAGAAUUGGAUGCGGUUUGGAUCAGUUGGAGUGGUCAAAAGUCUCACAGAUUCUGCAAGAUGUGUUUAAACAGACAGAUAUAGCCCUGACGGUCUACAGCAUUUUGUAG